AUACUGUUGACCUACUUGCGCAGAGAGCCCCGUUAUACACAGAUAGUAACCGUUGUUGCACCAGUCUUCUCUCUCGUGUCCGUGCGACUAGAGCGUGAAAAUCUCUCCUUCCCUUAAAAAACCCUUUAGGCUUCAAAUGUGUCCCUCGGAUGACGUGCGAAUCAGCUCUUUUUUGCAAUUGAAUCGGUUGCCAACGCCUUUUAAAUCCAGUGUCGGGUGAUCUCGAUUCCCGUCUGUGACAUUUUGCACAAUCUUGCGUUUCCGCUGUGUAUUGAUUUGUUAAAAACCGACAGCCGCUGUGUGCGUCCCCCUCUCCGUCUUUUGCAAUUUACUCGAUCUUUCUUGACCAGAGCGCCCAAGUCUGGAGGUCAAAUUCUUUUCUGAAUUGCCUUUACUUUUUUACGAUUUUCUAUCGAGAAAAGAAAAACCGUUAGAAGAUUAUUGCCUCAGGUGCGUGAGCGCUUGUGCAUAUAUCCGAGUGCGUGUGUCCCCCGCAUUACGUGAGCGUUGACGAUCGUUCGGUUGGCAUUGAGAGAUCAAGGAUUUUUUUUAUUUUUUCUUCUCGUCGAGCCGCGCGGCCUAGACACUGGAAAACCACUGGGUCGCCAGAAUUGGAUGGACGUGAAAAAAUGUGGAACUUGACGAGUCGACCGAGGGCCGGAGACCCCCAUUGUUGGACAAAUCGCACAACUAGCAUUGGAGCAUACAAAGAAAUUGACAAUUCCUUGAUUAUGAUGCCGGACAAAUUGAAUGAAGAUGCUCACAUAAGCAUCCUGCGUGCUAGGGCAGUGAUACCCUCAAUGAACAUAAGCAGUGCACCCAAGCCACCCAAGAAACGCUUUCUGGAAGCUGCGGCUGCUCAUCAACUGGAAGAACAACAGAGACUGGAACAAGAGCAACAGCAAUUAAAGAGUAGGGCUAGCGGUGAAGAUAAUUCGGCUCUGAUGCAAUUGGCUGAAAUGUGUGUCUACUAUCAGGCCAGCAACACGAGUCAUCCUUCUGGAUCGUGGUCGCCGGUGGGAGGAGCGUGGAAUUGCAUUGACCAUCGUGUUGUAGCAGUGGAUCAGCCAGUCGAACCGACCAUGUACUCAAUCAGUAUGAGCAGCACCGUUCAAAGUGAAGCCAGCCCUAAAGCUGCUCCUUUCUGGGGCUGGGCCAAUCGGUCACUUUUGCAGUCGGAGCAGGAUCUCGAGAAUCGAGAGGAAGAAGAGGAAAAUGAGGAGCCGUUAGAUUUAAGCGGCGAAGAGACAAUUCGUACCAACCAACAAGAGUUGAUCGAUCAUUUAGUAGAGAAAUUGUGUGCACGGCCCGUGUCCGGCAAGUUCUCCUCUCUGGUCCAAAAGAAACUAUCGCUAUUAGAGCCCCCUCCUAGUUCAGAGGCUGUUUCAAUCCAGAACUCGUCCAGUGAAGUCAGCAGCUCUAUCGAUUUGAAAGACUCGGUCAUGGUCGCCGCCAAGGACGUGAGGAGACGAGACUUGCCGUUGAAGAAACGUGAUCCUUCUAGCCUUCAUCAGAGCUAUGACCAACGUGGAGAUUUCUGCGACAGCAGCACGGCAACUAAACCGCUCGAGCCCUCGUCAGUGGAGGCUGUGACAUCAACGAAUAGCAGUAAGAAACCUGCUCCUAGAUCGUGCAAAGGCAAACGCUACUUGGAGUUCAUGUACGAAGGUCGGAUCACGCUGAGUAGCCGUGGGCUGAGACGCAGCGAAUCAAACGAGCAGCAGGCCGAGGAACAGGCAGCGCCCUGUGACCAGUCUUCCAUCGGGAGCAAGAAUAAUAAUAAUAAUAAAAGGCAACGUCAAGUCAGACAAGCCGAGCCUGGGUCGGGCAAAGCGGCUCUCUCUCUUCGCGGACGCAACGCCAAGUUGCGCAAACUCAGCUGAGACCAAAUACCACAUAUUAUUCGCUGUAUACCUUCCUGCCUGUGUACAUAUCUAGCUUUCAAGAGAGAAAAAUCCAUAUUGCAGUAAGUUGUUUUCCGCUGUGUGUAUAUGGACUAGAAUUGGGCACGAACGCUUAUCAUUUUCAUAAACACACCCGUUCACUAUGAUUGCUCUAAAACAUGCGAGUGCCAAUUCUACUAUGUUUAUUUAUCGUCGCCGUAUUCGCAGAUACAUGACCACUACCCCCUUUUUUUCCUUUCCUCUUCAGAUAUAUAAUACUAAUUCAAUAGAAGUCGGAAGUGGUUGUAUAUCUAGUCAAGUUUCAUUUCACAGUUACUCGAUCAAACCAUUCAGGCUCGUUUAGAACGUUUUUUUAACUUUACUUACGUCCAUUUUUUUUCACGCUGCCGUGUCAGUCAGACAUUAAAUCAUGGAAAGUACAAUCAUUUUUGUCACAUGUAUUGCUGUGUAACUGUGUUACAACUUGAAACGCCGAAGUCUGCGAUGAUAAAAAUCAAAUUAUAUAAUCGUCAUUAUUAGUAACUAAUUUAACAGUAACCAGUACCCUUUUCUAGCGUGUGAAAAAGUUUCUGUACAGAAACAGUGCUGUAUGGUAAUAGUUAUUGAGCACUUUUCACAAUUAAAAAAAAUAUUUGUCUCACUUCUGAACAAAUACAAUCAUAUAAGAAAUAAAAUAACACAAUGAA